UUCCUUCGGGGACGAUCACGUAAGAGAUACUCAUGCUUAAUUGCAUAGAGAAUAAAGACAUUGGGAGACACUGGUGUUGUCUGCGAUAAGAGAUUGUAUUAUGUAAUACAGUAUAAAGAAAAAAGAUCCCUAUCGAAAGGGAAACGCAAAACCUUCUUUUUUCGUAACACAUUGCACGGAGCUUCAACCCCUCUCGCAAACACAGAUAAAUUAUAAAAAAGAACGCCUUCUCUCUUUUUUUCUUCUUCUUAUUUAUCUUUAAUAUAAUGCCUGGAGAUAAUAAAGUGGCGAACCCACAACCUGUUGUUGCAGGCGAAGGUUCUGCAGCCACUGGGGCACCACCACCUCAACAAAAGAGUUUUAUUCAAAAGUAUGCUGGAUCGGUUAUUCAGAUGAUCAUCUUUUGGAUAGCAAUGAGAGCUAUUUCCAACGGUAUGAAGUCACCCGAAGUCGCUGUUCCCCAUGCCCCUGUGACGACAACAAGCGAUGGCCAACAAGUGGUAUCUCAACCUACGUUUGUUCCUGGAGCUACCACGUUGCGUGAUUAUGCCUCUGUACCUUCAAAUGUCUACUAUUUCCCUAAUCCCUCCGUCCCACUUUCUGUGCUUCCUGAGAGCUUUAUUCCUCUCUGGCAACCUCGUACACCCAUGGACUUGUCCGUGUAUGUGAGCGAAGAAGAAUAUUUCACGAAUUAUGAAGCACAACCUGAUUGGAAAACCACUGAAUUGUAUUACAGUGAAGAUUUUGAAGCCAGAGAACACAAGAUUGAGAUUCCCGCUACCAAGACAAUUCAACAUAAUGGUACGGUUUAUGCUCACGUCUUUCUUACUCAACAUGGUAUUUCCAUUGAUCCUCGUAGUCAGGGUUAUAAUCCUGAUGCUGCCGUCUAUGUUCGACAUGUGUUGACCAAGUUCUUGCCUCAAAAAUCUCUUGUGAAGCAAAAGAAAUUAUUAGGCAAGCAUGAGGAUGAAGAAGAGGUGGAAGAGGAAGAAGUAAUUGUUGAAAAAGUGGAGGAGAAAACAGAAGGAGGACCUGGUGGUAUUGUGGGACUUGGAGCCAACUUGAUUGGAGAUUUAACGCGUCGAGCUCCCAAGGUUGCUUACUGGCACCCAAAUGUGACACUUAGUUUGGUGAACAGUCAUCGUGCACCUCUCCCCAAGAAUAGUUUGCAACCACCCGUGAUUAAAUUUGUUCAGUUUGAUCAAGCCAUGUCGCGUGAUCCUUCUGGUAAGUUUGGCUAUUACCGACCUAUUUUGUUUCCCAAUGAUUUCUGGGUGCUUCAAUCAAACGCGUAUGCAGUGAAUGAAACCGUGGAGAUGUUACCCUUGAAUAUUCGUGUGGAGUCUAUUUCAAUGUGGAAGUUUAAUAUUUUUGCCACCUUGGAUGAUUCCAUGAAGCAACAGAGCCAGAAUCCAUUAGGAGGAAUGUCAAGUGGAGAUAUGGAUGAGAUCAAGCGUAUGUUUAUCGAGACCAAUCCCAUUCUUUUGGGUACCACCAUUGCCGUCAGUUGUCUUCAUUCGUUGUUUGAGAUGCUUGCCUUCAAGAAUGAUAUCGCCUUUUGGAAGCAAAAAUCUAACAGUGCAGGUAUCUCUGUGCGUACCUUGAUUGUCAAUAUCUUUUUCCAGAUUGUGAUUUUCUUGUACCUGUUUGAUAAUAACCAGGAGACAUCGUGGAUGGUCUUGAUCAGCCAAGGCUUUGGUUUGGUCAUUGAGUUAUGGAAGGUGUUUAAGGCGCUCAAGUAUGAAUUGAUCUGGACUCCCGGGUCUUGGAUUCCUUCCUUGGGACAACAAGAGUCGAAGCAGUCGGAAGAAGAAGAUGAGACAGCUAAAUAUGAUGCCAUUGCUUUCAAGUACUUGAAAUGGCUUUCAUACCCCUUAUUGGCUGGUUAUGCCAUUUAUUCCUUGUAUUAUGAUGAGCACAAGAGUUGGUACUCAUAUGUGAUUCAUACCUUGGUCCAAUUCGUGUACAUGUUUGGAUUUAUUACUAUGUUACCUCAAUUGUAUAUCAAUUACCGUCUCAAGAGUGUUGCUCAUAUGCCUUGGAAGACAUUGAUGUACAAGUCGUUGAAUACGUUUAUUGAUGAUUUGUUUGCGUUUGUGAUCAAGAUGCCUACUUUGCAUCGAUUGGCUUGUCUUCGUGAUGAUUUUGUCUUUUUCGUGUAUAUUUAUCAACGUCAUGCUUACAAGGUAGAUCCUACUCGUGCUAAUGAAUAUGGACAAGUGGGUGAAGGAGAUGUCAAGGAUGAGAAGAAGGCUUUGGAAGAAUCCAAGAAGGAUAAAUAGAAUACAUAUU